UGGGAUUGUGAAGCCUAAAGCCUGACAUUAGCACAAAUAUUACAUUUAGUCAGAUGAAGGGAUUAGAAAUAAAAUGCCUCACUCCUGCGCUGUGAAGACCUGCGGGAAUAAAGCGAGGACCGGGGCUUGUUUGUCGUUUCACCGGCUUCCAGUGAGGGAACCCGAGCGGCUCAAACUGUGGCUGUUUGCCCUGAACAUCGAUGUAAAUACUCCCCGGGAGCAGCUGAGGAAAUACAUAGUGUGCUCGGAGCAUUUUGUUCCGGAGGACUACACGGCGAACGGACAGCCGAGGACCGGCGCGAUGCACCGGUUUCUGACGCCGACGGCUGUGCCGACCGUCGGAGUGUGGUCCUGGAAACCAGCGCGAAGUGUGACGGAGGAUUCAGAAAACGACAGGGCCAGGUCUGCAUCAUUGGAUUCCCAUUCCCCUGAAGACACCAAACUGGUCUCUGACGAUCUGUCUCCCUCACUGCGGCAGAGCGACAUUAAGGUGGAGCAGGUUCCCGUCCCGGAGGAGACAGAGAUCAAAGAGGAGCGAGUCGAUCAAUGCAUCAGUCCAGACAUGGAGGCUCAUACACUGAAAAAUGCUGAAGUCAGGUGUGUUAAAUCAGAGCCAACCGCUAAAUGUGAGCUCUUCCCGUCUCCCAGUGCUGUAACUGGGAGUCUGAACGAUGGCACCGACGACAAAUGGAAUGAGAGUGACGGUUCUGCGUCGCCUCAUCAGAGUCACGGGAUCGAAGUCCUUGUGGAACUGGAACAGCCUCAGAAGGAAGAGAAGUCUUGCCAUAUUUGUGGUAAAAGUUUUAGGAGGGACUCUUAUCUGAUAAGACAUGUAGACAAGAGUCACAAAGGACACAAAGCUUUUAAAUGCCUGGAGUGCAGCAAGGAGUUUGACCAACGCUACCAGCUCAUUCUGCAUAUUAGAAGUCACACAGGGGAAAAACCCUUUAGCUGUGAUUACUGUGGCAAAGCAUUUGUUCAGAACUCAAGUCGUCUCGCUCACAUGCGGGUUCAUACAGGGGAAAAACCAUAUUUUUGUUCUAAGUGUGGAAAAAGUUUUGCCACAAGUAAUCAUUUCAAAUUUUGCAAAAUGCAGAACGAGCGCAGAAUCACGCCAGAAAAAGGGAGAUCAGACGAGGAUCAGAGAGAGGAGAAGGCCUUUAAGUGCUUCGAAUGCAACAAGGAGUUUGAUAAAAACCACCAGCUUGUUCGGCACGUGAGAGUUCACACGGGUGAAAAGCCCUUCAGCUGCGAUUUCUGUGGCAAAACGUUCACUCAGAAUUCGAAUCGUAUCGUUCACAUGAGACAGCACACUGGAGAGAAACCGUAUUUUUGUAAUAAAUGUGGCAAGAGGUUUGCAAGCAGCCAUCAUCUCAAACUGUGCACGGGCAAGCAGCACAAAAGCUCCAGUAAGUUAUUUCGCUGCACGACUUGUGGCAGAAACUUUCACACAGAUUCAAACCUGAAGGUGCAUAUGGAGGUUCACGAGUCCUGGCAACGGCACAUCAGUGAGAAACUGCAGGGACAGGAGCUGGAAGAGAAAAGACUUAAAGCAGUUUGAAAAGUGUGACACUGAGUCUGUGAGUUACUGGGUCCUACACAUUCUUAAAAGUUGUUCUCAGAGUUUGACAGUGUGGUUGUGGAUGUUUGCAGCUUUAUACUUUGUUCAUGAAAUGAAUGAAACAGCCAAUUAUUUCAAGAAGGCAAAUAAAGCAUACAGAUUGUUUUCAUAGUCUGCGACCUGCUCACUUUGACCUGUGACCUGCGCACUCAGCAUGUUUAAGGUCUACCCACAGAUUUUGAGAUCUGCUUUGGAUCAUUGUCCCGUUGCAGAGGCCGGACAUUUUUCACUUUCAC